AUUGAAACCAAAAUCAUCAAGUGAGUGUUGCCAGCUAGCUAUUUGUCAUCUGAAAUCCAAAUAUCGGUGUAGUAGAAGCUGCGUAUGGUGAAUAUAAAUAUUGAUGAAAAAAUUAUAGGGACUGGUUUGUCUACGUGACCCGAUUUCGCUUAUGCGGCUUCGAUCGUAAAUUCGGAUUUUGUUGCAAGCGCAUCUCGUACAUGUCGGCCAUUUUACUGAUAAUGUUUUUAAUAUAAUCAAAAUAUAAGUGUAAUUUAUCAAACGCUAAGUUUCAUUUGGCCACAUGCUAAUAAUAUAGUAAGAGAAACUUUAAUACAAUUAUGGUGUUUUGGACAUUUGACUGAAUAGAGAAUAAUUUUGUGUUAUGAAAUUUUGUUUUGAACGUGUGAUAUAUUGAAGUUUAUAAUGUCGGUGGCUACAGAGGAUUCCAGUCCUUCUGGAAAUGGUGUUACUAUUCAAGUAUUCCGCCCAACAUGGGAAGAGUUUAAAGAUUUUAAUAAAUACAUUCAGUACAUGGAAUCCAAGGGUGCGCAUAAGGCAGGUCUCGCUAAAGUUAUCCCACCACCUGAAUGGAUUCCUCGCAAAAGUGGAUAUAAUUUAGACGAUUUGAACAUCACGAUUCCUUCACCUAUAUGUCAAGUGGUCACAGGAAAGCAAGGUUUAUUUCAACAAAUAAACAUACAGAAGAAAUCCAUGACUGUAAAACAGUUUGCGGUUAUGGCGAAUUCUGCUAAGUACUGCACACCAAAACAUACAAACUACGAAGAUUUGGAGAGAAAGUAUUGGAAAAAUGUUACUUAUGUCGCCCCUAUUUAUGGAGCAGAUGUAAACGGAAGUAUAACAGACCCAGAUGUUAAGGAAUGGAACAUCAAUCAUCUCGGAACCAUAUUAGACUUUGUUAAUUCUGAUUAUGGUAUUGAAAUUGAUGGUGUGAACACAGCUUAUUUAUAUUUUGGCAUGUGGAAGACUACUUUUGCAUGGCAUACUGAGGACAUGGAUUUGUAUUCAAUCAACUACUUGCAUUUUGGAGAUCCCAAAACAUGGUAUGCAAUACCUCCCGAGCAUGGCAAAAGGUUUGAAAGAAUUGCUUCAGGAUUCUUCCCCACAUCAGCUAAAACCUGUCAAGCAUUUUUAAGACACAAAAUGACAUUGAUAUCACCACAGAUUUUGAAACAGUAUUCCAUUCCAUACAAUAAAAUAACUCAAGAAGCUGGAGAAAUAAUGAUAACUUUCCCUUACGGUUAUCAUGCUGGAUUUAACCACGGAUUUAACUGUGCGGAGUCAACUAAUUUUGCAGCCCCGAGGUGGGUGGAAUAUGGCAAAAGAGCCACUCAAUGUACCUGUAGUAAUGAUAUGGUAAAGAUUUCUAUGGACACAUUCGUCAAACGUUUUCAACCUGACCGCUAUGAACUAUGGCUGAAAGGCCAAGAUAUUGGCUGUCAUCCUGAGCAGCCCGAAAAAAUGGUGCCAGCUCCACAUCCUUCCGGCCAGGAUAUACUGUGUAACAAAAAUAACACAGAGUUGCCAGAAUCCUUUAUUGCAGCUGAAGAAGAGGGUCUAAAGAAAAAGAAGAGACACCCACUUCAUUUGAAAAGAGCCAUGGCGAGUAAAAGUAUAUCGGAGGGUGCCAUCGCAGUUUCCAUCCUCGGUCAUGAUGUGAUGGAUGAUGAUGAAAUGACAAUGGCAGAAGGAGAUUUAGAUAUGAUGACAUCAAUGAAACGUCCUAUUCUACCCAUGGAACCUGAUGACACCCAGCUGGAAGCUCUUGAGGAUAUUUGGUUAAAGGGUGAUGAAAUGGAUCCUUCAGAAGCACAACUACCCGAUGUAGGUUAUAUAGAUUCUGACAAGGAUUCGGAUUAUGGCUCUCGUAAGAACAAAAAAUCAAAGAAAAAAAAGAAAAAUAAAGACAUAAAAGAAAAAUCAAGUAAAGAAGAAGGGGUCAAAGAAAAACAAACAAAAGCUACAGGUACACCUACAACACAGCGAAAACAUAAGGCUAAGAAACUGUCCAAUGAAGAACUGGAAGACAUGGCAGCUGUAGUGGCUGGCUUUGAGUCACCUCCGCAUUCUGAAAGUCCUAUUGGUGAUAUUCCUCUGCCAGAUCCACUUACAUUACAGGAAAAAGAUGUACUCUCUACAGAAAAUGAGAAAGGAACAGAAAAAAAGGAACCAAAGAAGAGGAAAUCCAAUACAAAGACUGAUAAAGAAAAAGUUAUUAAACCCAAAAAAGAAAGGGUGAAAAAAGAUCCUGUAAAUCCCAAACCCAAAGUAAAGAAAGAGAAACCAGAGAACAAGGAAAAAACGCCAAGAAAGCCCCGUACCCCAAAAAAGACUACAAAUUUUGAAUACAACUCCCCCCUUCAACCAGUUUUGGAUAGCCAAAAGAAAAUCUAUGGCCACAGCAGUGUAAUUUCACAGCUAAUGAAACAGAAUCCAGUCAGGAAGCCUCCGAGUCCUCAAAAUAGCUCUAAGCCUCAAACUAGUCCAAUCCACCAACAUUCAAGCACAAAGUCACAAAACCACACUGUCCCCGCGUCUCACAGUCGAACAUAUUCAAAAACCUCUUCACUGCCUGAGCAAAAUUCAAGAGUUCCUGCAAUUAUACCGCCUCUCAACAAAAACCCCAGUGCUUUUGAAAGCGAAUUUUAUAAGUUCAUGGAAACCAAUCAAAGAGAAAACUUAAAAGAGGCAUCCUCCAAGGUAACUCCAAAGCAGCAGCAAAAACCUACAUGUUCAAAAUCACAAAAAAAUCCUCGAGAUAUACCACUUCCUAUUGGUCAAUAUAAUGACAGUAUUUUCCUAGAUAAGCCUAUAGAUUAUAGCACGUACAACCCGCAGACAGUAAGCAGUGGUAUGUACAACACUCAGAGUGCACAUAAAGAUGCCUCCGAUCACACCAAUAAUUAUGCACAGGAGAGGAAUCAAUGGCUGGACUACUACCACAACCAACAAUCCUUACCCCACAUGCAUCAGAUGUACGAUCAGAUGAACUCCAAUCAAUACUACAGAAGUCCGUACCAGUCACCGUGGUACUCUUACCAGAAAUAAAUGCAGUGACUUAAUAAUAAUAUAGAUUAUGUUACGAUGUUUCAAGUUGAAAUUUCAAUAGUUUUAAAAGUAAAUAUAAUAAUGUUCUUUAAAUUAAAUAUGUUGUGAUCCGCGAUAGUGUGAUGUGAGUGUUUUGAAUUGUCCUCUUCUUUUAGUCCAAUGCAAAGAUUGUAUCAGCUUUACUACAAUUUUUUGCAAAUUAAAAUAUUGAAAAUAUGCACUUUACAUAAAAUUGUGUAACCGAUGUUAAUAUAUUAAAUCUUUUUAGCUUCUACAGUCUUUGAGUGGAAGUUUGAAUAAGUAAAUGUAGUGAGUAAGUAAUAUGUAUUAGUCCCACCGGAGUUCAUGAUCCAUGUGUAAAUACGUAAUAACUAAUCGUAAUUAUAAAUUUUUUGGUGGCUCACUCAUCUAUACAUUAUUUUAAGUAUAAUAAUAUGUUACUUUAUAACUCUGUGAAUAAUACAACCAAUUUUGAUUCUAUUGUAAGAGUUGACACACAUUUUAUAUUUUGAGAACAACUUAGAUGAUUUUAUUUCUAAUAGCUGUGAAACUUAGACUGUACAAUUAUUGCAAUAAAAAAUAUGUUUAUAAAAUACUAGUAUUUCAAGUUUGAUUUUGAGUAUUUUCUCUUGCCCUAAGGUGUACCGUGUAAAUGGGACUUGGUGAAUCUAUGUAUUGAAUUUGAAUUUUAUUUAUUUUCAUGGCGGAUCAUAAUAUGUAUUAUAGAUUUUAAGAAUUUAUUGUGUAUAUUGAAAUAGUAAAUAAAAGAUGUCCUAAGUAGUU